AGCCAGCUGAGCUUUAAACUGGCAUCAGCUGAGCGUGAGCUGUUGUAAACAUACCCCUAACUUAAGCCUUUGUUUACUUCGCGCCACAGUGCAUUAGAUUUUGUAUAAAACGUGCCAUCAUGGCUGUUGCAGCUGCGCAAGGAAAACUCCUUGCUGUUAUUGGUGAUGAGGACACAUGUGUUGGCUUCCUAUUGGGAGGAAUAGGAGAGUACAACAAGAAGAGAGAUCCUAACUUCCUUGUUGUUGACAAAAAUACAAGUAUUCAGGAAAUUGAGGAUACUUUCAAGAAGUUUGUGAAACGUGAAGACAUUGAUAUCAUCCUCAUUAACCAGAAUAUAGCAGAGCAGAUCAGGCACCUCAUAGAUAGUGACAAUGACAACGCACUACCUGCAGUGCUUGAGAUCCCCUCCAAGGAUCACCCAUACGACGCUUCUAAGGAUUCGAUCCUAAGACGUGCAAAGGGUCUGUACACCGCCGAAGACAUGCGGUAAACUCGUCUGCUACCUCUCGCAUCAGCCACAUUCCUGUCGUCUAAGCCGCCUAUUGUGUAUGAAGAAAAAAAGCACGAUAGUUUUACCCAUUUAUGUCGCCUACAUGAUUGUUGAUAGUAGGCUUUGUGGCAUGCAUUGAGCGCCCACGUGUUGGUGUGUAGGCUGUCAUAAUAAUAUUAAUGUGCAAUGUAUUUAUAUAGAGGCGAGGAAUAAUUUUAUUUCUUUCGUGUUCCAGGUUUCCCUGUAAUGUCAUAGCUGCAUUUCAAUAUUGUCCCUCAAAUGUUUUUUGCUGAACUUUUUUUUCACUAAUUUCUUGAAUGCCUGCAAUUUCUUGAAUGCAAUGCCUUGGCCUGCAAUUCAAAGUUAUUCUAGUCUGUAUUACUUCUGGCUUUGUGAGACCAAUUGAAAUUCGCAUUUCAUGAAGUUCUGUAUAUUGACCCUUGCUGAA